AUGAGCGCCCUUCGACAAGUAUUUAAAGCCUCGCGGAUUUCCACGUCUCUGCCACGAAGAAGACUUUUCAGACGACAUACCUCCAUCAACACGGUUCAACUACCCCAGUUCAAUCAACCCAAAGCCCCGUUCUCCACCACAGGCACCAUGGCCCACUCGAACCUCAACAAGACCGCGCUCGCCCUCAAAGCGCUCCACGUCCCCGGACAGCCCGUGAUCAUGGCGAAUGUAUGGGACGUGGCGUCCACACGGACCGUCGGGUCUCUCCCGUCCGCCAAAGCCCUGGCGACAGCAUCCUACGCCGUGGCCCUGGCAAACGACAGCGAAGACGCACUGAUGACGCUGGAGACGAAUCUCGCGGCCGCGCGCGCGAUCGGGAAAGUCGCCGUCGAGCUGGAGAAACCGCUCUCCGUCGAUUUGCAGGACGGGUAUGGCGCGCGGCUCGAGGAGGCCAUUCAGGGCGUCAUUGCGGCGGGUGCCGUGGGCGUGAAUAUCGAGGAUGUCGAUAAGGAUACCGGCGUGCAGUAUGCUCCCGAGGAGGCGGCGGAGAGGAUUCGAAAGGCCGUGGCGGUUGCCAAGGGUGAGGGCGUGCCGGACUUCGUGGUCAACGCGAGGUGUGAUACUAUUUUGAAGGGGAGCGGGGAUUUUGAUGAGACGAUUCAGCGCGGGAAGUUGUAUCUCGAGGCUGGAGCCACCACUGUGUUUGUCAUUGGUGGGAGUGGGCGCGGUGGAUUGACUACUGACGAGGUCAAGCGCUUGAGUACAGCUUUAGAUGGCAGACUGAACGCCUCGGUCGUCUUUGCCGAAGGGAAAUUGACUGCAAAGGAGCUUGGAGAUAUUGGUAUCAGCCGGAUCAGCAUCGGACCGCAAUUGUAUUUCAAAGCAAUGCAGGCUGCAAAGGCAGAAGCCGAGAAACUGCUCAGCAGAGCUUAA